AUGGCCGACUCUGCUUCGCCCAUUGGCAUUGCCAACCUCCCCAACCAACGCCACAAGAUUGUCGCCAAGCGCGGCGCCGCCUUCACAAUCAUGGUCAGCUCAUCGACACGCCUCCUGUCGCACCCCAGAAAUACUUACACAAGCUCANNGGUUGCUGGCGAGUCUGGUCUCGGCAAGACUACCUUCAUCAACACCCUUUUCUCCACCACCAUCAAGAACUACGCAGACCACCGCCGCCGUCACCAGAAGCAGAUUGACAAGACUGUUGAGAUUGAAAUCACAAAGGCCGAGCUCGAGGAGAAGUUCUUCAAGGACUCAUGGCAACCCAUCAUCGAGUUCCUCGACGACCAGCACGAGUCAUACAUGCUCCAGGAGCAGCAGCCCCGUCGUGGUGAGCGCAUCGACCUGCGCGUCCACGCCUGUCUUUACUUCAUCCGCCCCACCGGUCACGGCCUGAAGCCCCUCGACAUAGAAGUCAUGAAGCGUCUGUCUAGCCGCGUCAACCUCAUCCCCGUCAUCGCAAAAGCAGAUACUCUCAGCCCCAACGACCUCUUGAAGUUCAAGUCGAGAGUAUGUUUUCACCAUGUCCCUGCAUUUCCCCACAUUCUGACUCCCCACAGNAUCAGCAACAUCAUCCAAGCUCAGGGUAUCAAGAUCUACUCCCCUCCCCUCGAGGAAGACGACGAGUCCGCCAUGAGACACGCUCAAUCCCUCAUCACCUCCAUGCCUUUCGCCGUCAUUGGUUCCGAGAAGGACGUCACCACUCCCGACGGCCGCAGCGUCAAGGGCAGACAAUACGCUUGGGGUGUUGCCGAGGUGGAGAACGAGGAGCACUGCGACUUCAAGAAGUUGCGCGCCGUUUUGAUCCGCGCACACAUGCUCGACUUGAUCCACACCACAGAGGAGAACCACUACGAGGCUUAUCGCGCACAGCAAAUGGAGACCCGCAAGUUCGGCGAAGCCAGGCCACGCAAGCUUGAUAACCCCAAGUUUAAGGAGGAGGAAGAGGCUCUUCGCAAGCGUUUCACAGAGCAAGUCAAGGUUGAGGAACAGCGCUUCCGUGCCUGGGAGCAGAAGCUCAUUGCCGAGCGCGACCGUCUCAACAAGGACCUCGAGACCAGCCACGCGCUUAUCAAGCAACUGGAGACCGAGAUCGAGGGUAUGCAAGGCAGUGUUGCCCGCUCCGGACGUCGCUAA